UAAUUUGGAUCAGGUGAUCCAGAAACCUUGGCAUGCCAAGCCUCAAAACAUUAUUGUUACGGAUCCACAUGUUCUCCAAUACGAAUAUUGAUGAUACAGACUUAUCUGGAUCCCACUGUAACAAUGGGUUUGAGCUAUAAAGACCAACUGGGCCGGGCGGGGCUUAGUUGAAAAAUCUGAAUCUGGUCCAGAUCCAGGUUUGCUCCAUCUAAACUUGGGGAUGUCGGGAAGUUCCUGAUUGUGAGAUCGACGGCUGCUGUUUGUUGAUCGACAAUCGGACGGUGAAUAUUUGUGUCCGCCCUGCAAAGAAACCCAAACUCUAGACCUACCCCUGAUUGGAGUCCGACGUCGUUUCCUUCCUCCCCCGAUAUAUUAAAACGACCGUUAAGAAUACCAAUCCCUAGAGCGUUAAUUUCUGGUGAAAUUUAUUUAUUAAUUUUUCCAGUUGAGAAACUUAGAAAAGUAAGAUGGAAGACCCGAUUUUAACGGAGCAAAUGUCUUAACUUGUUAAUUUAUCGCUGUAUUUUCAAGGUUGUAUACUCCUAGGAAAAUGUCGCGAGAUUCCUUAUAUGAGUUAUUGGGGGGAAAAGUAUUAAUCUAUCCGUUUCUUUACCUUUGUACAAAAACGAUAUUUUCAUUUAAAGGUUCGCAUUUUAAUCGACAUCCCUCGUUUUAAAAAGCGGCCGAUGAGUUGUUCUCUCACUUUAUUUUAGCAUUAUCGCCGAUAUUUUACUGUAUGACAUCAGCCCUAAGCCCCACACGGGCGCUCCACACGUGCGAAGGGAAGAGGUAAGAGAGACAAACGUCCAGGAAGAGUUGCUAUGUAAAGCACAAAAACACACGGCUGGCAGGAGGAGUCUCGUUCGUCCGAUCGGUCGCCACGUCAUCGAUCCGGCCAAUCGGACGGUAGAUAGGCGGGAACGAGGUGCGGGGGGGUUCGUGUUCGCAGGAGGGCUCUCGAUACUGCUAGUCUGAGCCGCAACCCUUCGCCUAGAGAGAAGGAGAUGGCUGCCAGGGAUGGGAAGGGAGAGAAGGAGAAGGAUGGGAGUGUCUUUGAUGGAGAUAUGGAGUAUGAUGAAGAUGGUUGGUAUGACGAAGAAGAUGAUGAGGAUGUAAAGGAGGUGGUCGAACCGAAGGACGAUGAUGGUGAUAAUGACGAUGAUGUGGAAGAGGAGGAUGUGGACGAAGACGAUGAUGAAGACCUCGAUGGAAGCGAAGAAGAUGAUGAUGAUGAUGAUGAUGGGGAGGAGGAGGAGGCGGAGGAAGACAACGAUGCGACGGUGUCCAGGCCGCCUGUUGCGCAGAUCCAGGAGAUAGACGGCGAGGAUGAUGACGACGACGACGAUGACGAUGAUGGUGAUGAGGAUGAUGGGACCGGUGGCGGUGAUGAAGAUGAUGAUGAUGAUGAGGAGGAGGAUGAGGAUGAUGAUGAGGGGGAGGAGGAGGCGGAGGAAGAUGAUGGGGUCGAGGGUGCUACGUUGUCCAGACCGCCUACUGCCCAGAUUCAGGAGAUAGAUGGGGAGGAUGACGACGACGACGACGACGAGGAUGAUGAUGGAGAUGAGGAUGAUGAAGGCGGCGAUGCAGGUGCUUCUGGUAGUGGUGGUGGUAGUGGUAGCGGCGGUGCUGGUGUUGAUGAUGAUGAUGAAGAUGACGACGACGACGACGACGACGAUGAUGAUGAAGGCGAGGUUGAUGAGCAAGGAGAGGAAGAGGAGGAGCUGGGAACGGAAUACCUUGUUCGGCCUGUUGGGCGUGCAGAGGAUGAAGAAGCUGCUAGUGAUUUUGAGCCAGGUGAUGAAAAUGGUGAGGAUGAGGAUCUAGAUGAAGAUGAAGAUGAUGGCAGUGACAAUGACGACGACGAUGAUGGUGGUGGAAAGGUUGAAAUUCCAGUGCAGAAGAAGAGGUCCAGAAGUGAGGAAGAGGACGAUGAACGGCCACCAAAGCGAUAAACACAAUUUUCUGGCCUCCAUGGACGUUGCUUCCCCAAAGCGCACAUUCUCUAAUCUGCCUGUCAUCUGCAAAAUUCAAUAGGUAGCCAAAGAUGUUCAGGAUUGCAGAUGCAUGCUGGGUCUGAACUUUAAGACCCUGAGGGGAUUCACUCAUGAGAUAACACAGUGGUUCUGGUUUUAAAGGGAAUUUUUGAUGAUACAAGUUCUUUUCUGUCUUUAGCUGGAUUUAAACCAAUAUUUUUCCCGUUUUUGAGCAUGGCUUUCUUCAUCCUUCUCCUGACCGAUUUGGGUCCUGCUACUAGAGUUCCUUGUGUUCCUUAGCAUUCCGUUGUAAUUAUUAUCUCCAUGGUUCCCCCUCUGUCCUGUUGAUUCUGUUCUUUGUAUUCAAUAUGCUUGCCCAUUCGCUUGACGGUGAUGUCUUUAGUUCUGCAAUCAAAACCCGUCUGCGGAACGUGUGCCACUGUUCUUGAUACAAAAACCUAUGUUGUUUGCCAUUGAUGCAGCCUGUCGUGGUGAAAAAGCCACCUAGUUGACCUUUCAUAUAUUAUUCAUCUGCAACAAAGUUGAUGGGGAAGUUUGUGGAGUAAAUGGUAUCUGUUUUUUCUACUUGGGGACAGAUGGAACCCACUCUGAUGUUGAUUUUGUCGAUGUCACCGUCUCUGACUCUGAGGUGGAAGCCAUUAACUACAGCUGUAAAUGACCUCAUCUAAAGGUCUCUUUGAAGUAAAACCGGGACACAGUUUUGGAGUA